AGAAGUCGCGGUAUAUAUGCCUCAACGGCUCGAGCGCUGCAACGGCACAGCUCGAUCAGUUCCUUCGUAAUAACAGACAACUAGUGACAAGUGACAACACGAUGAAACAAUGAUUUAUUAUUUAUAUAAUUAACAAAUCCACAAAACGAUAAGUCUUCAGUGAAUUUGAUUGAUCUCAUACGUGAAAUGUGAAUAAAAGUAAGAUCAGACCACAUUAAGACGAAAAAAAUCAUUUUGAAUUAAUUUUGUCGUCUGAAUUUCCAUUGGCGUUGUUAUUGUCGACUAAUUCAAAAAAUCACUGCUCACAUGGCAUUUUAGAUAAAUUAUUCAUCUCAAGUAUGUGUACUGCUGCAAGAGAACAGUUGAGUCAUACGAACAAUAAAAAAAUGGGUACUUUCAAAAAAUUACUUCUUGAAAUUGUAAAAUGUAUUUUCAUUCAAGUCCAUUGGCUGAUAGAUUAUAUUAUAGAUUUUCUUUUUGGUUUGUAUUAUGAUACAAAAGCUCAAAAAGUACCACCAGUUAAAAACAAAUUAUUGUUAGAAAGUACAAUCUCAAUAGCAAAGAAGAUAAGGGAGAAAAAAAUAACUGCAGAAGAAGUUGUUAGAAACUUCAUUGAAAGAUGUAGAGAAGUAAAUGGAUUACUGAAUGCUAUAGUUGAAGAAAGAUAUGAAGAUGCAUUAAAAGAAGCUAAGGAAGUUGAUAAAAUGUUGAGCGAAGAAAACUUGACUGUGGAACACUUAGAAAAAUAUAUGCCUUUACUUGGAGUACCAUUUACAACAAAGGAGAGCAAUGAAGCAAAAGGGCUACUCCAUUCAAUGGGCACCUUAAGUCGCAAAGGUCAUAGAUCAGAUCAGGAUGCUGAUGUAAUUGGAUAUGUAAAAAAAGCUGGUGCCAUAAUAAUAGGCAAAACAAAUAUUCCUGAGUUAAAUCAGUGGAUUGAAUCUAGAAAUAAAGUUUAUGGCCAAACGAACAAUCCAUAUAAUACAACUCGUGGUGUUGGUGGAAGUAGUGGAGGAGAUGGAGCAAUUGUAACAUCCUGUGGUGUUCCUUUUGCUAUUGGCAGUGAUAUUGGUGGGUCUAUCAGGAUACCUGCUGCAUGUAAUGGAGUUUUUGGACUUAAACCCAGUGAAGGAUACACGUCUUUGGUAGGAAUAGGUUUGCGAAGAGAAGCGUGUUUAGAUUCUAUGGCAGAAGCUGGCCCUCUUUGCAAGAAAGCUGAAGAUUUGGAGUUAUUAUUAAAAGUUAUAUCUGGUUCAUACUUGAAGGCUCCACUUGAUGUCAACUCUGUCAAUUUGAAAAAUAUUAACAUAUUCUAUCAAGAAAAUUCAGACGACAUUCGCGCAAGUAAAUUAAGUUGUGCAGCUCGCAAUGCUUUAUCUAGAGCAAUACAACACAUGGAACAAAUAACUGGAUGUGCCACCAAGAUAAAAUUACCUGGAACAGAGUAUAGUUAUCGUUUGUGGCGUUAUUGGAUGACUCAAGAAAAUUGUGAUUUUCCAACUGAUCUCACUAAUAACAAUGGUAAAACUACUGCUGCAGCAGAAAUUUGUAAACUAUUAAAAGGCAAUGGUGAAGUCACUUUAGCAGCAAUAAUAAAAUUAAUUGAUCUCGACUAUUUUCCCAAAGAAAACCCUGAGUGGGCAAAGAAUAUUACUGAUAUAAUGAAAUCUUACAUAGUGGAAAAAUUGAAGGAUAAUGGAGUUUUGUUAUAUCCUACAUUCAACUCUGCAAGAUAUCACUGUGCACCAUUUUCAAGUCCAUUUAGUUUUGGAUAUUGGGCUAUAUUCAAUGUUUUAAAAGUACCAGUUUGUCAGGUGCCUAUGGGUUUAGAUGACAAAGGAUUACCAGUGGGAAUUCAGGUAGUUGCUGCUCCAAAUAGUGACAAAUUAUGUAUUGCUGUUGCAAAAGAAUUAGAGAAUGGUUGUGGAGGAUGGGUACCACCAUCAUAAGUCAAUUUUUUUACUUCGAAUUCUUUGAAUUUUGAAUAUAAUUUAUUUUGCAUAGAUAAAUUAAUUUUAUACACGGAAAGGAUGUUUUAGUUCAGGGAAAUAAUGGAAUUAGAUAGCUACAACGUCUAACAUAAAUUUGAAUAACAGUGAUACUGAAUUUAUGAGAUUCUAAAUAGUAUAUAGGUGACUUAGUAAAAAACGUUUGAAGUCAGUCACAAAAUUAAUGGUUGAGUAAAUGUUGAAACAAUGAAUUUUUCCAAUUUAUGUAGGUAUGUAUGUAAAGGAGUAUUGGUUAUAAUUAUGAGUUACACUAUCAUUAUCGAUAAAAUCGAUUUACAUAAUAUUGAUAAAAUGUGUAAAGUUUUAUAAAUCAAUAUUUAUAUUUAUUAAUUAUUAAUAAAAUUAAAUAAAAAGAAAUAAUAAUGUUCAAAUUUUUUUCAUUCAAUACCAAUCAAUCAUAAAUUGUUUCCAAUAAUUAUAUUUUAUUGAUUUUGAAAUAUAUUACUAUACACAAUAAGCUUAUUUGCAUGUAAUUCAAGUAACACUUUAUUCAUGUCUACUACAAUCUAUAAUUUUAAUAACAAAAUCGAUGACUUAAAAAAUUGAAGUACGCAACUGACCAUCUUGUGGACUAAUACAUGAUGUUUAGCUUGUAUGUUGUGUUUCUUGAAGCUACAAGUAUCU